GAUAUAAGCACCAGGUUUAGGGAGCUGCGGCUGCAAUUAGUUAAAUUUAGUGGUUGCGUGCAGUAUCGCGCACAGUUUAGAGGAAGCCGCUCGGCAAACCACAAAAUGGCGUGGAACUUUUCGUUCGUCCUUAUCGCAGCAUGCGCACUGAUGGUUAGCGCUGCGCCGUCCAAACCGGCCAUCAAACCCCGCAACCAAGAGUUGCGCGAAGCGAUCGAGGAGUAUCGCGUCCGUUUCGAUGAGCUGCACAAGGAAAAGGAUCAAUUCCUGCAGUUUGGCCGUACCGGGCUGUGGGCGACGGUGCGCGCUAUGAACGAGGAAAUUUUGGUCGAUCUCGGUGAGACCCGCAACACGGUCGAGUACGGUUUCGACGAUGUGCGGCUAGACAUUAGCCUGCUGAUCGUCGAGGGUAACCACAACGAGCAGUGCCUGCUGGAUCUGGUUUACGAAAUCGUGGCCGAGAAAGUAGAGCUGGGCGAUGAAAUCAGUCGCUGUGCGGCCGGUGCCACCGAAACCAAGGACGCGCUGCCCGAAUCGUUCUACGAGUUCAUCAAUCUGCUGCAGCGCCUUUCCAACUCGAUUGCCGAGACGACGCUCUACUCGUUCGUGAGCCAGAACUCGGUCACCGAUCCGGAGCGCCAUCUCGAGUUUCUGCAGGAAGCGUUCGAGGAAACGGACCGUGCCUGGAACGAGGAGGCUCUGCCGCUGAUGCAGUUCGAGCUGGACGCUAUGGAGUACAACCGUCCGCUGAUCGUGGCGGACAAUGCGCAGUGUCUGCAGACGAUCGUCGACAGACAGCAAGCUUUCGAAGAUUCGAUUCGCGCGCGCAUUCCGUCGUGUUUGUAAGGUAGCUAGCAGGAACUCAUCCUUAAGAGAUAAUAAUAAAAAAAGUAAAAACGAUAUGGCUGCUGCCAGAUAAUGGAUA